GACCCCCUUGAGGUGGUGCGGGACAAGUGUGCGCAGGCAGAGCACUGCGUCCACGCCAGGGCGAAACUGGAGGACUGCGAAUCUAGGGUCGGCUCCAAGUCCGAAACCAGAGAGGACUGCACUGAGGAGCUUUUUGACUUCCUCCAUGCGCGGGACCACUGUGUACGUGAGAUCUACCCAGACACUUUCACCAACAGUGAACAAGAGGGUUCAAGGGAAUACAUACAAGCAGGCAUGAGAGUGCAUGUGACUCCAUUGAUAGCGCCCUGCAGCUCUUGAUAGAGCCUACUCAAAUCAAAUGUUAUUUGUCACAUGCUUCAUAAACAACAGGUGUAGACUAACAGUGAAAUGCUUACUUACGGGCCUUUCCCAACAAUGCAGAGAGAAAAACAAUAGAAAAAUAAUAACACAAGGAAUAAAUACACAAUGAGUAACGAUAACCUGGCUAUAUACACAGUGUUCGACCUUCCCAAGUUCUCUCAGGUCACCCCGCUCCUCCGCACACUCCACUGGCUUCCAGUUGAAGCUUGCAUCUGCUACAAGACCAUGGUGCUUGCCUACGGAGCUGUGAGGGGAACGGCACCUCCGUACCUUCAGGCUCUGAUCAGUCCCUACACCAAAACGAGGGCACUACGUUCAUCCACCUCUGGCCUGCUGGCUCCCCUACCUCUGUGGAAGCACAGUUCCCGCUCAGCCCAGUCAAAACUGUUCGCUGCUCUGGCACCCCAAUGGUGGAACAAGCUCCCUCACGACGCCAGGACAGCGGAGUCACUCACCACCUUCCGGAGACACUUGAAACCCCACCUCUUUAAGGAAUACCUGGGAUAGGAUAAAGUAAUCCUUCUACCCCCCCUUACCCCCCCCCCCCAAAAAUAAAAUAAAUAAAUAAUAAUAACCUAUUGUAAAGUGGUUGUCCCACUGGCUAUCAUAAGGUGAAUGCACCAAUUUGUAAGUCGCUCUGGAUAAGAGCGUCUGCUAAAUGACAAAUGUAAAUGUAAUUUAAAUGUACCAGUACCGAGUCGAUGUACAGGGGUACGAGCUAAUUGAGGUAGAUAUGUACAUAUAGGUAGGGGUAAAGUGACUAGGAAACAGGAUAGAUAAUAAGAAGUAGCAGCGUAUGUGACGAGUCAAAAGAGUUAGUGCAAAGGGGGGGUCAAUACAGACAGUCCGGGUAGCUAUUUGGUUAACUAUUUAGCACUCUUAUGGCUUGGUGGUAGAAGCUGUUCAGGGUCCUGUUGGUUCCAGUCUUGGUGCAUCAGUACCACUUGCUGUGCAGUAACAGAGAGAACAGUAUGACUUGGGUGGCUGGAGUCUUUGACCAUUUUCAGGGCCUUCCUCUGACUCCGCUUAGAGGUCCUGGAUGGCAGGGAGCUCAGCCCCUGUGAGGUACUGGGCUGUACGCAGUACCCUCUGUAGCACCUUGCGGUUGGAUGCCAAGCAGUUGCCAUACCAGGCGGUGAUGCAGCCAGUCAAGAUGCUUUCAGUGGUGCAGCUGUAUAACUUUUUGAGGAUCUGAGGGCCCAUGCCAAAUCUUUUCAGCCUCCUGAGGGGGAAGAGGCAUUGUCGUGCCUUCUUCACGACUGUGUUGGUGUGUGUGAACCAUGUUAAUUCCUUAAUGAUGUGGACACCGAGGAACUGGAAGCUCUCGACCCUCUCCACUACAGCCCGUCGAUGUGGAUGGGGGCGUGCUUGGCCAUCCGUUUCCUGUAGUCCAUGAUCAGCUACUUUGUCUUGCUGCUUAUGAGGGAGAGGUUGUUGUCCUGGAAACACACCUGCCUGGUCACUGACCUCCUCUCUAUAGGCUGUCUCAUCGUCGUUGGUGAUCAGGCCUACCACUGUAGUGUCGUAAGCAAACUUAAUGAUGGUGUUGGAGUUGUCCGCGGUCACACAGUCGUGAACAGGGAGUACAGGAGGGGACUAAGCAUGCACCCCUGAGGGGCCCCCGUGUUGAGGGUCAGCGUGGCGGAUGUGUUGUUGCAUACACUCACCACCUGGGGGCGGCCCGUCAGGAAGUCCAGGAUCCAGUUUCAGAGGGAGGUGUUUAGUCCAAGGGUCCUUAGCUUAGUAGUGAGCUUGAAGGGCACUAUGGUGUUGAACACUGAGCUGGAAUCAAUGAACAGCAUUCUCACAUAGGCAUUCCUCUUGUCCAGGUGGGAGAGGGUAGUGUGGAGGGCAAUAGAGAUUGCGUCAUCUGUGGAUCUGUUGGGGCGGUAUACGAAUUGGAGUGGGUCCAGGCUGUCUGGGAUGAUGGUGUCGAUGUGAGCCAUAACCAGCCUUUCAAAGCAUUUCAUGGCUACAAAUGUGAGCGCUACGGGGCGAUAGACAUUUAGACAGGUUACCUUGGCGUUCUUCUGCACAGGGACUAUGGUGGUCUGCUUGAAACACGUAGGUAUUCCAGAUUGGUACUGUAUGUAGGCUGGAGGUAGAUCUCUGUCUGCCAAGAAUGAACAUGACGAGAGAGUGAUAUCAGUGGGUUCACCUCAAUCGUACACAGUGGCUCCCUCUCCUUGUCUCCUCUCCUUCAUCUGUACUGUUCUGAAAACAGUUGACAGCACUGUGGUUGAAACCAUACUGGGUGUUUGCUUUCACCUGUCCAGUUUCUUCACCUCAGUGUAGAUGAUAGAGGGGAAACGAGGAGAGGAAGCGACUUAAGACUAUUGAGAUGCAGUCAGUGUAUUCGAGAGAUACGUAGCAGUAUACCCCCUCCCUAUAUCUCUAGGGAAAAGAAUAGCCUAGUAUUACUGUCAGCAUUGGGAUAAACAUCCAGGUGUACCACCACAACUGAUGCAUGGGUAAAUUAGAUGACUCAACGUUUGAACUUCUACAGCCAAGAUUAUAUCAAUUUUCAGGAGUCAGUGGAUUUACUCUAUAACAUGUUCCUCCUUCAUUAAGUUCCUCAUGAUUGGAGAUCUUAGAAUCUGAGUACAGUACAUUUUCAUUUUACAUUUUCGUAAUUUAGCAGACGCUCUUAUCCAGAGCGACUUACAAAUUGGAUACAGUAGUUGAAUAGCAGGAUGGAGGAGAAGGCUGUGGAGAAACAGGGACAGAAGAGUGGACCGAACCUCAUUUGGUGAUAAGGUUGUGUGCUUUCUAUCGUCAGACAGGAGGAAUGAAGAGAAAAUACUCCAACUUUGGAUGGGAUAACUAGCUACUUAAGGAGACAAAAGUGUCACUCACUUUGCAUACAUUUGUACAAGACAGUUUGCAAUAACUUGCCCUUUAAUUUCUGUCCUCCAGGUGGCUCACAAAGUCUUCCAUUCUGUCAAGUAAAGUCCCUCCAGCUCCCUGCACUACUGGUGGAAGUUCCCGGUCAGAUAUAG